GCAACGGGUACAUCCGGUCCGACUGUGCUUUGAUUCCCCUGCUGUGCAUGUGUUCAGGUAGUUGCAAAAAUGAUGAAAGUGGCCAUUGACGAUGAGUGCUUGUAUCUGGAGAUUUCUAACUAUAUGGAAGACAGAAUUUUUCCUCUGCACACAUCCAUUGUUUUAUUUCUCAUGUCCUAUUGUGACACUACAUCUUUAAAAGUUUUCCUUGUGCCAAAUAAGAACGUUGCUGAUCGUACCUUAUGGAUGAAAAAGGUUCCUGCCAAUAUUCCUGUGACUAUCAUUUCAGAGCAGGAACUCCCUCAUGUGGUGCAAAGUUGUCGUUUACCAGCUCUGGUGGAAAAGAAUGGGAAUUUUUGUCGAGCAGGCCUUGCUGUGGUGUUGAGAUAUAUUAUUCACAAAACUUGUGAAGCUGACUGCAAUCGCAAGGAUAUCUCUGAGCUACUUGGUUUUAAAAAGACAUGUUUAAAGGCCUGUGCUGAGGUGAGCCAAUGGACCAAGUUGUGUGAAAUUAGUAUUCCACUCGCUGUGGAGAGUUUCCUUGGGAAUAGCCAUUGCCAUCAAAACAUUCCACCUGAGAUAGUACACUUGGAGCAGAAACUUGGGGAACCUGUCCGCGUUCACAAUGAUGAUAAGAUUCGUAGGCAGAAACUGCAAGAGUGGACCAAGAACAAAAAUAAAGAAUCUUUCAUAAAGGGAUUUGAUAGAGGAGCUGGCUGCUGUGAUGAAGGAGUAGACAUAACUAAAAAUUUAAUUGAGGAAAACUUGGAUACUGAGAAGGCAAGCCUUGAGCUGAAAACUGCACUUUCUAAACUUACAGUGGAGCAGAUACCAGCUGCGACCAGCAGGGAGCAGUCCUGUAUUAGAAAAGUGAAAAGCACCGCUCUUCCGCCUCUGGAACAUGUGUUUGCUGAAGGGCUUUACUUCACUCUCACAGACAUAGUCCUGUUUCCUUGUCUUCACUGCUUUUUUGAUUCUCUUGGGGACCGUCAAGAACAGAUGCUGAAAGCUUUGCCUUUGCUCUCCCGUUGGUACCGACGUGUACAGGAAGUAUCUGGAGUGAAGAAAGCUGCUGUCAGUUGUGGAAUUCAUUUUCUCAACCUUCCUGCAACUUCGCCUUCUUCCAGCAUGCUGAUUCCAAGCUCCAAUGAUCAUAAGGACAAGAAUACUGAAACCACAGACCCCCAUUUCCGAGGUGGCCCAAGACCCACCAUGAACAAGCUUGAAGAGAAUGGAAUUUCAGCAAGAUUCACCCCUCACCCUUUUCCCUUGUUGAGUCAGAAUUGGAGCAGCUUUCCCUCAUCUGCUCAUCCCAUAGAAGGAAAGCUGAGCUCUGAGCGUGCCCUAAGGAAGCAGCAACAGUUAGACAACAUAAUCUCCAUUGUGACAAAUUUGGCCAGACCUGGUGAUACAAUCGUUGAUUUCUGCAGUGGAGGGGGGCACCUUGGGAUUGUCCUAGCUCAUAUCUUGUCAUCAUGCCAGGUGAUUUUAGUGGAAAACAAAGAAGAAUCAUUAGUGCGUGCUAGAGACAGAUGUGAUGACCUUGGAUUACAAAACAUCUGGUUUCUGCAGACAAACCUAGAUUAUUUCACAGGACCUUUUCAAAUUGGCGUGGCACUUCAUGCAUGUGGGGUGGCGACAGACAUGGUCAUUGACCAUUGUAUCAUGGCAAAUGCAGCAUUUGUGAUCUGCCCGUGUUGUUAUGGCUUCAUACAGAACACAGUCAAGUACACGUUCCCAAGAAGUCAAAAAUUCAAGAGUGUUUUGUCAUAUAAGGAACACAUGAUUCUGUGCAGGUUUGCAGAUCAGACAGCUGUUCAACUCCCUGCUGAGCGCCUGCUAAUAGGGAAGAACUGCAUGGGCCUUGUGGAUCUGGACCGAGCCUGGUCAGCAGAGGAACUUGGGUACAAGGUCUAUGUGACAUCUAUGGAACCAGACAGCUGUUCACCAAAAAACAACCUGAUAGUGGGUAGUUGUUCAGCCUAAAGUCUUAGUUUAAUUAUGCAAUAUCCCGAAGACAACAAAUAAACUGCUCUGCCAUCAAAGAAAGAUGAGCUGUUUCAUUGUGUGUAACUUGAUGUUAGUCGACUUCUUACCAUCAUAAAAUUUAAAAUGCUGGAAUUUUUAAAUCAAGCAAAUGCUGAAAAUCAAGUAACAUCUGAAAAGAGCAGCAGAGUUAAUGUUUCAAGUUUGUAAUCAGUUCUGAUGAAUGAUUUACAAUCUGGCUUUCUAACUCUUUCUCUCUUUCUGCAAAUGCUGCCUGACCUUGUCAGUAUUUUGAACAAUUUCUGUUUUCAGAUUUCUAGCAUCCGCUUUACUUUUAGCUCUUCCUUUAUCCAUACUCAACAGCAGCAGUGAUGAGGUCAUGAGUCAUUGUUUUAUUGUGGAAUACCCUGAUAUUUUAACAAAGAACCCUCCACCCCUCACUGCACUUUACCGCCUUUUAAACUACUAGUCUAUGAAUUGCCUGAUGAAUAUAAGUAACCAAGCCAUUAAGUAUCAUUGGGAAUAUUUAGAUACUUUUCCUGAUUUAUUGCAUGUUAUAAUUGUUCGGAUUAUAACAUUCACACUCUUCCUAUGUGUUGCAACCAAUAAAAUAACAGAAUCAGAAAAUAUGAUCUAGUAGAAGUUGAGAAUCUGAGAACGUACUUGAGAAGGAUGCAGCUAACGGAUUAUUGUGGGCAAGUUUCUGCUUCCUCAGUGAACUGCAUGCUGCUGAGGAUUCUGUGAAAUCAUCUCAUCUCAAUGUUUCAACUUUGGUAAAAGCAGAGUAUUAUUUUCUUGCUUUUUUCUGAAUGCUUUCGUUUGUAAGAUAAUGUAUUUUUAACACAGAUAAACACUUGUAAUCAAUGUUAGGUAGGUAAAGCUAAGAUACUUUUAAAGUGUUUUAAGAAAGUAAUAUAGCUCUAAUAUAGAUAGACAUAAUUCACAAUAUUCUUGAUAUCUCUAGAAUUGUCCUGAUAUUAUAGAAUUUGAUUCAAGCCAAGGGCUAUGUAUGAUUGACAACUUGAGUGUUUCAAGUGUAUUGCCAGUACUUUGUAAUAAUGUCUGUUAAUAUUAGUCAUUUUCAUUGGGAUCACUAGAUCCUCCUCUGAAAAUUUCAAAACCCCAGAUAAAUAUUUUGAUUAAACAGCCACUUGGAAAGCAACAAUGCAGAUUGUUUCAGUUUAUUGAAU